AUGACGUUUAUGGCUAUCGUAGUUGACACGUUGAAAACUAUGGGAAAUGCUGAGAUAGCCUCCUUCGGGCCGAAAUCACUUAUUUUCAUGACCACACAAAUUUUAAUAAUUGCCGCAUCUCUAGCUAGUUUAUUGCGACUUUUAUUAAAUUAUGGUGAGACAAAAGUGUUUCUUUGUAUAAGGUUGAGGCUGGAAAAGCAGGCAGUGAAGGGAUAUCUUUUCACAGGUAAGGUUAUGCUUACGAUUCUUCUCAUUGGCGUGGAGCUCGUCAUUUUCCGGAUCCACUCCGUAUGCUCCAAGCAUUUUUUGCAACAAGAUUUCAAUACUGAUCUAGUGGAAGAACUUGGCUAA